AUGUCAAUCAAAAAAAUAAAUCGUCCCGUAAUAUACUCUUCUUUAGCUAUUCAAAAAAGAUGGAAGGCAAGUACUAUAAGUCCACAUACACACGUUCCGCCAUACGCUCCUCCACUUCCGCCAAAAAAACAAAUCAUCCCACCACCAAAAACAGCAGAAACCCCAGCCAAAGCAUACGAUAGUUCAUUUGUUGGACUUACCGGCGGACAAAUAUUUCAUGAAAUGAUGUUAAGACACGGAGUCAAACAAGUUUUUGGAUAUCCUGGAGGUGCUAUACUUCCAGUUUUUGAUGCCAUAUACAAUUCAAAACAUUUCGAUUUUAUUUUACCAAGGCACGAACAAGGAGCGGGUCAUAUGGCAGAAGGGUAUGCAAGAGCAAGCGGGAAACCAGGAGUUGUACUUGUCACUUCUGGACCGGGAGCAACCAAUGUUGUUACCCCGAUGCAAGAUGCUUUAUCUGAUGGUACACCGUUGGUAGUAUUUUGUGGUCAAGUUCCAACAACUGCAAUUGGAACUGAUGCAUUUCAAGAGGCUGACGUUGUUGGAAUCACGUUUGAAAUAGCAACCACAGGUCGUCCAGGGCCAGUGCUUGUUGAUCUUCCUAAAGAUAUAACAGCUGGCAUUCUUAAAAAACCUAUACCGACACAAUACACAUUGCCUUUCAAGGCAUUUAGUGACUCCACCAAAUUAUCAUCAUCUUUGUCAAAUGAUCCUCUUAUUAAACGUGCAGCUGCAUUGAUUAAUGGUGCAAAUAAACCUAUCAUUUAUGCAGGCCAAGGUGUUCUCACAACAGAUGAAGGACCCGCUAAUCUAAGGGAAUUAGCAGCUCGUGGUAAUAUUCCAGUUACUACCACUCUGCAAGGACUUGGUGCAUUUGACGAAUUGGAUCCUAGAAGUUUACACAUGUUGGGUAUGCACGGAUCAGCUUAUGCAAAUUUAGCAAUGCAAAAUGCUGAUUUGAUUAUUGCGUUGGGUGCAAGAUUUGAUGACAGAGUAACUGGACGUUUAACACAUUUCGCUUUAGAAGCCAAAAGAGCAGCAAAAGAAAAAAGAGGAGGUAUUAUUCACUUUGAGAUAAGUCCUAAAAACAUUAAUAAAGUUGUUCAGGCAACUGAAGCAAUCGAAGGUGAUGUCGCUACAAAUCUUGGAAAAAUUCUUCCAUUGAUUGAAUCAUCCGAAAGGAAAGAAUGGUUUGGUCAGAUAGAGGAAUGGAAACGAAAAUUUCCAUGGACCUAUUCUAAACCAACGUCAUCAGACAAACCAUUAAAACCACAACAGUUCAUUGAAGAAUUAGACAGACAAACACAAGGUUAUAAAGAAAAAGUGUUAUUAACCACCGGUGUAGGGCAACAUCAAAUGUGGGCAGCACAAUUUUUCCGAUGGAGGUAUCCAAGAACUAUGAUCACUUCAGGUGGUUUGGGCACAAUGGGGUACGGUUUACCAUCAGCCAUUGGUGCCAAAGUCGCCAGACCAGACAAUGUUGUUAUAGACAUUGAUGGAGACGCAAGCUUUUGUAUGACAGGAAUGGAAUUGAUGACAGCUGCUCAUUAUAAUAUAGGAGUUAAGGUUUUAAUUCUUAAUAAUGAUUUUCAAGGGAUGGUGAAACAAUGGCAGGAUUUGUUUUAUGAAGAACGUUAUAGUCAAACUGAAAUGAAUAAUCCUGACUUUGUAAAAUUUGCAGAGUCAAUGAACGUCAAAGGUAUAAGAAUUCGUACAGAAGAUGAACUACCUGACAAGAUGGCAGAAUUUUUAGAAUAUGAUAAAGGACCUAUUAUUUGUGACGCUAUUAUUGAGAAACAUGAACAUGUUUACCCUAUGGUGCCAGCCGGUAAAGCAUUAGAUGAAUUUAUUGUACAUCCAGAUUUAAAUAAAUAA